CGGAACUUUACUGAGCACCAGGACCCAGCAGGACCCAGCAGGAACCGGUCCGGCAGCCUUUUCCUCCGCGCACAAACUCAAACAGUGACCCGGGUCCCGGAUCCCGCCGCAGCUCCGGUUCUGCAGGUCUCGCGCAGGACACCCGUCCCUCCCUGUAGAACCUGGAUUCCCGGAGCUCCUGGACAUGCCCGUCCGGGUCUAGACCCUCCAUGGAGCUGUCGAACCUGUACGAGGCGGCGGCCCGGCCCCUGAUGAGCAGCCUGACGCACGGCCAGCAGCAGUCCGGCUACAGAGACCCGGCCGAGCUCGGUUCCGACAUCGGGGACAACGAGACCUCCAUCGACCUGAGCGCCUACAUCGACCCGGCGGCUUUCAACGACGACUUCCUGGCGGACCUGUUCCACCACAGCGCGCGGCACGACAAGCUGAAGACCAUGAACGGGGACUACGACCCGGUUCCGUGCGCUCCGGGUCCGCAGCCGCUCUACAUGUCCGGCUACGCGGAGUCCAAACUGGAGCCGUUCUACGAGCACAACCCGGCCCGGAUCCGGCCCGUGGCCAUCAAACAGGAGCCGCGGGACGACGAGGACCUGAACCCGGCCAUGCCCCCGUCCUACCACCACGUGCACGCGCAGCAGUACCCCCAGCAGCAGCAGAUGCCGCACCUGCAGUACCAGAUCGCGCACUGCGCGCAGACCACCAUGCACCUGCAGCCGGGCCACCCGACCCCUCCGCCCACCCCGGUGCCCAGCCCGCAGCACGCGCACCUGAAGCUGGGCGGCGGCAAGUCCAAGAAGCACGUGGACAAGAGCAGCCCGGAGUACCGGCUGCGGCGCGAGCGCAACAACGUGGCCGUGCGCAAGAGCCGCGACAAGGCCAAGCUGCGCAACAUGGAGACGCAGCAGAAGGUGGUGGAGCUGAGCGCCGACAACGAGCGGCUCCGGAGGAGGGUGGAGCACCUGAGCCGCGAGCUGGACACCCUGCGCGGCAUCUUCCGGCAGCUGCCCGACGGCUCCUUCAAACCCAUGGGCAGCUGAGGCCGAACCGGGCCGGACCGGGACCGGACAGGGGGCAGUUUCUUCUGGGAGCGGAGAGGAGCCAGAGCCUGCUGCUGGGAGGAGGGGAGGGGGUCCACGGUCCUCGCGCGCUCCACCCCAAACAGCUGGGCAGGUUCUGCAGAACUAAACACCAGACUGUGGUUCGGUUCGGUUCGGGCGAGGUGAACUGUUUCAUCAGAACCUCACCUGCUGGAGACUUUGAUGUGUUUGGACUUUUUAUUUUCUGCCUUCACGUGCCUUUCCCCAGUUCAGGAAGCCUGGUUCUGACCCAGAGGACUGGUUCUGACCCAGAGGACUGGUUCUGACCCAGAGGACUGGUUCUUUAGUGCCUUACUCAGACUCGUGAUAUUUCUGUGCAGCUAAGCUUGGACACCCGCGUGUCGCGCGUGUUUCUGUACUGACUCUGGUUUUUGUUUUCUGUUUGUAACCGAACUGUUUGCUGGUUCUGAUGAGGUUCUGCUGAGGUUCUGAUGAGGUUCUGUCCACUGGGACAGCUGGGGACAUCUGUCCCCACAGCAGUGGCGUCACUAGGCCUAUUUUAGGCGGGCUGCAGCCGCCCUAAAAUAUUUUAAAGCCCCCUAAAUUAUUUUGG